AUGGCCAGGCUCAAUUUGGCUAUCAUCUCGCUGGUGUUCUUGGGUACCGUACUGGGAUCAAGAGGGCAGUACGAGUACGACGAUGACAACGUUGUUGCCAUUAGCGAGAACAGUACGCUGUACGGACUGAGCGAGGAUUUCUAUAGGCACGCUUGUCCCCAGGUCUACUCCAUCGUCAGGGCUGGAGUGGAGGCCGCGAUUAAGAUCCAGCAGCGCAAUGCGGCAUCGCUGCUACGCCUCUUCUUCCACGACUGCUUCGUCCAAGGAUGCGAUGCGUCGCUGCUCCUCGAUGACGCGCCCUUCUUCAUCGGCGAGAAAACUGCCGCCGCCAACAAUCAAUCGGCUCGAGGAUUCGAGUUCAUCGACGUGAUCAAAGCGAGCGUCGAGGAAGCGUGCCCUCUCACCGUCUCCUGCGCUGAUAUUCUCGCCAUCGUGGCCAGGGACGCCGUUGUCUUGAGUGGAGGACCCAACUGGGAAGUAGCGCUCGGGCGGAGGGACAGCCUCACGGCGAGCCGAGCAGCGUCGGAUCAUUUCAUCCCGGAUCCCACGUACGAUCUCCCCCAACUUCUCUCAUCCUUCCAGGCGAUGGGCCUGGGCGCCGAGGAUCUAGUCUCGCUCGUCGGAGCUCACACAAUGGGCUUCUCGCGAUGUACGAGCUUUGAGCAGCGGAUCUACAACCAGAGCGGAACCCACCACCCGGAUCUUAACAUCGAGCCCGGGUUUCUCAAGCAGCUCCACGAUCGAUGCCCGCCCCACGGCGAUCCAAACACGCUCCAGCCCCUCGACUGGGAGUCCCCGGCCUCAUUCGACAAUGGCUACUACAAGAACUUGGUGUCCCAAAGCGCGGUGCUCCACUCGGACGGGACGCUCUACUCGGAGGCGAUCGCGGGGUUUGCAGGGAUUCGCGAGCUCGUGGAGAAGUUUGCCGAGGACGAGCAGGCAUUCUUCGCGAGCUUUGCGAGAUCGAUCGUGAGGAUGGGGAACUUGAGGCCGCUGAUCGGGGACAAGGGCGAGGUGAGAAAGAACUGCCGGAGAGUGAACCCCAAGUUCUAAGAAGAGGUUGAUAUAAGGUGGCGAAAUCGGAAAGUCAAUAAAAGUGUAGGUAAAUGCAAUAAGAUA